UUAUAAAGUAGUCGGAGAAAAAAAAAUUAGGGUUUGGAAACCAGCUUCAAAUAAUUGGUGAUUUCGCCGGAGAUAAUUGGGGAUUUUGCCGGAAUAAGCUGUGUACCGGCGGUUACCUGAUUCCGGUUUCUUCCGGUGAGGUGUAUUGCUUUGGCUUCCAAGUUCCGACUAUCAAAAUGGAAGAGUUGAAGCACAAGUCGAAGAGAGAGGACGAGUCGAAGAAGCGCCACCGUGAUAAGGAGGAUCGAGACCGUGAAAAGAAGGACAGAGACCAUCACCAUCGUGAUAAGAAGGAUCGCGAGAGAGAGAAAAGCAGCCGCUAUGAAAGGGAGAAAAGUGCUGAUAGAGAUAGGGCAAAGCACAAGGAUAGGCACAGUAGAGGAGAUAAAGAGCGUGAAAAGAGCAGCAAGGUUCGUGAUGAUGAUGACAGACCUAGAGAUAAAGUUAAAGAGCGAGAAAAGGAUAAGGAAGAUCGUGAAGAAAGAGAGAGGGAGAAAGAGAGGGAAAGGGAGAAGGAGAGGGAACGCGAGAGGGAGAAAGAGAGGGAACGUGAGAGGAAAAGAGAUAGAGAGAGGAGAGAAAGGGAGAAGGAGAAGGAGAGGAAUCGCGAAAAGGAUAGACACCGGGAAGUAUAUGAAAAGGGAAGUGAUGAUGAAGUUGAUGCGAAGGAUCGUGAAAGGAAGAGGCGAAAGAGGGAUAAUGAUGAUCAUCACAAGGAGAGGGAUCGUGAAAGGAGUAGCAAACCAAACAACAGGCUAAGGGAAGAGAGCACUGAUGAAGUAUCAGCUGAAAAGGAUCAGAAGAGUCGAGAAGAGGAUCUAGCUGAGGAGCAAAGGAAAUUAGAUGACGAGAUGGAGAAGCGAAGGAGGAGAGUUCAGGAAUGGCAAGAGCUAAAAAGAAAAAAAGAGGAGUCUGAGAGGGAGACACUUGGGGUUGAUGCAGGUGCUGAAGAACCUAAGUUGGGCAAGACUUGGACAUUGGAUGGUGAGUCUGAUGAUGAAGAUGCUGAGGGGAAAACUGGCAUGGAUAUUGAUAUGGAUGAUAGUGGCAAGGUCAUGGAAGAUGAAAAUGGAGCUGACAAGGUGGUUAGUUCUAGCAUUGGAUCUGAUUCCCCUGUUAUUCAGAAUGGCAGUGAUGGAAUAGUUGACGAUGAUGAGAUUGACCCGUUGGAUGCUUUUAUGAACAAUAUGGUUUUGCCUGAAGUUGAGAAGCUUAACAAAUCCGUAGUCAAUAGUUUGGAUGGUGAAAAUUCCAGUUUGAAAGAGAAAAACGGUCUGAGGAAGGAAGAAAAGCCUAAGAUGAGCAUGAAGAAAACCACGGGAAGAAUUAUCCCCGGUGAAGAUUCGGAUUCAGAUUAUGGGAACGUUGAGAAUGAUGAAGAUCCUUUGGAGGAAGAAGAUGAUGAAGAAUUUAUGAAACGGGUGAAGAAAACCAAGGCCGAGAAACUAUCAUUAGUGGAUCAUUCAAAGAUUGAAUAUCCUCCUUUCAGAAAGAACUUCUACAUAGAAGUUAAGGAGAUUUCAAGAAUCAGUGCUGAAGAGGUUUCUGCUUACAGGAAACAACUGGAAUUGAAGAUCCAUGGCAAGGAUGUUCCGAAACCAAUCAAAACAUGGCAUCAGACUGGACUGUCCUCCAAGAUGUUAGACACUAUUAAGAAGCUGAAUUAUGAGAAGCCCAUGUCUAUUCAAGCUCAGGCUCUGCCAGUAAUUAUGAGUGGCCGAGAUUGUAUUGGGAUUGCUAAGACAGGUUCUGGUAAAACUCUGGCAUUUGUAUUACCAAUGCUGAGACAUAUUAAGGACCAGCCUCCUCUGAUGUCUGGAGAUGGUCCUAUUGGGCUAAUAAUGGCCCCUACUAGAGAGCUUGUACAGCAAAUUCAUAGUGAUAUUAAGAAGUUUGCGAGAGUGAUGGGUCUCACCUGUGUACCUGUGUAUGGAGGUUCUGGUGUUGCUCAACAAAUUAGUGAAUUGAAACGAGGAGCCGAAAUUGUUGUGUGCACUCCAGGUCGGAUGAUUGAUAUACUCUGUACAAGUGGUGGGAAGAUUACAAAUCUGCGAAGAGUCACGUAUUUGGUCAUGGAUGAAGCUGAUCGGAUGUUUGAUAUGGGAUUUGAACCUCAGAUCACAAGAAUUGUCCAAAACACUCGGCCUGACCGUCAAACAGUCCUGUUCUCUGCAACUUUUCCUCGUCAGGUUGAAAUACUAGCUCGUAAAGUGUUGAACAAGCCUGUUGAAAUACAGGUAGGUGGUAGGAGUGUUGUGAACAAGGAUAUAACACAAUUGGUUGAGGUGAGGCCAGAAAGUGAUAGAUUCCUUCGGCUUCUUGAGUUACUUGGUGAAUGGUAUGAAAAAGGUAAAAUUUUGAUAUUUGUUCACACACAGGAGAAAUGUGAUGCUUUAUUUAGAGAUAUGCUCAAGCAUGGUUAUCCCUGUCUCUCCCUUCAUGGGGCAAAAGAUCAGACUGAUCGUGAGUCCACCAUAUCCGACUUUAAAAGUAAUGUAUGUAAUUUGUUGAUUGCUACUAGUAUAGCAGCCAGGGGCUUAGAUGUCAAGGAGCUUGAACUGGUAAUCAAUUAUGAUGUUCCGAACCAUUAUGAGGACUAUGUUCAUCGUGUUGGGCGGACUGGUCGAGCUGGUAAGAAAGGUUGUGCCAUCACAUUCAUAUCCGAAGAUGAUGCAAGAUAUGCACCUGAUCUUCUAAAAGCUUUACAAUUGUCGGAGCAAGUUGUUCCAGAUGACCUGAAAGCUCUUGCUGAUGGUUUCAUGGCAAAGGUUAAUCAGGGACUUGAGCAAGCACAUGGGACUGGUUAUGGUGGUAGUGGUUUUAAAUUUAAUGAAGAAGAGGAUGAAGUGAGAAGAGCAGCCAAAAAAGCACAGGCAAAGGAAUAUGGAUUUGAGGAAGAUAAAUCAGAUUCAGAGGAUGAAGAUGAAGGAAUUAGAAAAGCAGGUGGUGACCUCUCUCAGCAGGCUGCCCUUGCUCAGGCUGCUGCUCUUGUUGCUGCUUCCAAAGCGAGUAUGGCUUCAGCAGCAGCUCCAGUUUCAGCUGGUCAGCUUCUUCCCAAUGGUGGAUUACCUGUUGCAUUGCCUGGUGUACUUGGUAUUAAUAUACCAGGUGCAACAGCAGUUGCUGCUGGAAAUGGACUAUCAGUUGGCUCUAAUGAUGUGACAGCCAGAGCAACAGCAUUGGCAGCUGCCUUGAACUUGCAGCAUAACUUGGCAAAGAUUCAGGCCGAUGCAAUGCCUGAACAUUAUGAAGCAGAAUUAGAGAUAAAUGAUUUUCCUCAAAAUGCUCGUUGGAAGGUUACACACAAGGAGACGUUGGGUCCUAUUUCUGAAUGGACAGGAGCUGCCAUCACCACUCGAGGACAGUAUGUUCCACCUGGCAAGGUACCAGGGUUUGGGGAAAGGAAGCUGUACUUGUUCAUUGAAGGCCCUACGGAGCAAUCUGUCAAGAGAGCAAAAGCAGAAUUAAAACGUGUAUUGGAGGACAUUACCAUGCAAGCAUCAUCACUUCCUGGUUCUGCUCAACCGGGCAGAUACUCAGUUGUAUAAGAAUGAAUGCCGUUGUCAUUUGAUGUUUCAUUUUUGUCUAUUAUCUUUUCCGGGCAAAUUAUUUCCUAAAUUUUGUUACUCAAUUUGGAGAUGACUUACUUUGUAAUGAUAUAAACAGGUUUAACUAGAUACAUGAUUCUCAGUGAUCA